UUUGACUCCAUUAAAUCUUAAAUCAAAUCAGCUGGUUUGACUGAAACACAUCACAUUGAAAUACUGGAUCAUACGCAUUUUAGGACUUUCAUUGAAAUGGACAGCAGUCGCAAUAUUGAGGAUAUCAUUUGGACAAUUAAGCACGGGGAGUACGAUGAGGUGGAGCGCGUUUUCCUGGCCGGAUCGCAUAAUGUGAACGACCAGAUGGGCGUCCGGUACCCGCUGCACUACGCCGCCGACUUUGGCCAACUCAAGCUGCUGAAGUUCUUCGUGAGGAUCGGGGCGGAGGUGGACCGGAAGGACCAGUAUGGGGUCACUCCGCUCCUGGCGGCCAUUUGGGAGGGCCACACGCGCUGCGUCGAGUUCCUGCUCCGGAUGGGCGCCAGUCGGUCGGAGCGAACGCCCCAAGGACAAAGCUACUUGGAGGCUGCCGAGCAGGAGGACAUUCGACGGCUCCUGGCGCGGGAGUAAAAUCCUCGGGGACUCUAAUUGAUCACUUUUAGUUUUGUAAAUUCAUAGUUCGCCAUAUGGAGAUAUUUUCGUUUUUUUGGUUUGUCAGAAAGAAAACUAGCUGGUUGUAAACGGUG